CACCUCCAAUCGCACCACCUUCCUCUACAUCGAGUCUAUACGACCAACAGCCCAGAGCAGGCAAUCGUACACCACCACAUACUCAUCACUACACAAGGAUCUCACUUUCACUGAUACUUGCCCAUCAUGGCUACCACCGCCGCCAAGAUCAAGGAGAUCGAGGAUGAGAUGUCCAAGACGCAAAAGAACAAGGCCACAUCAUACCACUUGGGUCAACUGAGAGCCAAGCUGGCCAAGCUGAAGCGUGAGCUCAUUGCUCCCGCUAGCAGUGGAGGCGGACCGGGUGUGGGUUUCGAUGUCGCUAGAACCGGAAUGGCCACUGUGGGAUUCGUCGGCUUCCCGUCUGUGGGGAAAAGUACCCUGAUGUCUGGGCUGACCGGUCAAGACUCGCUCGCUGCUGCAUACGAAUUCACUACUUUGACCACCGUCCCUGGUACUAUGAAUGUACACGGCGCAUCGAUCCAGAUUCUCGACUUGCCCGGUAUCAUCGAAGGAGCCAAGGACGGCAAAGGUCGAGGUCGUCAAGUCAUUGCCGUAGCCCGUACUUGUCAGCUCAUCUUCAUCGUCCUGGACGUCUGCAAGCCGCUGCGAGACAAGGCGCUCCUAGAGCACGAAUUGGAAGGAGUGGGUAUCCGGCUCAACAAGACUCGGCCGAACAUUUACAUUCAGCGGAAGGACAAGGGAGGAAUUGCCGUCACAAAUACGGUGCCCUUGACCAAGAUCGACCACGAUGAGAUCCGAGCCAUUUGCUCCGAGUACAAAAUGAGCAAUGCAUCGAUUGCGUUCCGUAGCGAUGCAUCAGCGGACGACCUCGUCGACGUCUUGGAGGGCAACCGAAUCUAUAUUCCAGCCAUCUACGUUCUGAACAAGAUCGAUCAGAUCUCGAUACAGGAGCUGGACCUGCUGUACAAGAUUCCAAACUCGGUACCCAUCUCCUCGAGGAUGUGGCUCAACAUUGACGAGCUGGUAGAGACCAUGUGGGACCGUUUGAAGCUGGUCAGGGUGUACACCAAGCCCGGUAAAGCACCGCCCGACUACAGCGCUCCGGUUGUGCUCAGGGAGGGCAGGUGUACGGUGGGCGACUUCUGUGAUGCGAUCCACAAGGAGAUCAAGAAUAAUCUUAAGUAUGCAGUGGUAUAUGGAAGGUCGGCUAGGCACUCCAAGGGACAAAAGGUGGGAGAGAGCCAUGUGCUGAUGGAUGAGGACAUCUGUAGGCUCUUCAAGCGAUGAGCGGAACAAGAGCAUGGAGGGGAAGAGGAGCCGUGGGUGCCCCUGGGAG